AUAGUGAAGUGUUUCACAAUCUCUAGUUCAUUCGAUGAUCUCAUGCAAACUGGAUUGAUCAGUGUUAAUAUAUUGAAGCUUUAUCAAACAAUUGACCGCCACCUUGAGCUUCACCCCGAGGACAAAGCGCGGUUUCCAAACUUCGAUCCCACCGCAGGGCCGACCUUAGCCUUUGGGGCAAGUGGACCGGUAGAAGGUACACGCCACUACGCAAAAUACUUUCAUGGAAGAGAUGGCCUGGGUGAUAUCUCCAGUAGGCAUCCUGAACUAGAUGUGGAUCCUAAAAUCCGCCGGGGGAUCCAAGUCACAGAAAAAUCUGGUGUCCAACUAUCUCUUGAGUUGAUACAGGAUCGACCAGCAAGGAGCAUCACUUAUAUUGCGCUGGGUCCUCUUACCAAUCUGGCACAGCUGAUACGUGCCAACGGUCAGGCUGUGAGGGACAGGAUAGGACGGGUAGUUUGUAUGGGUGGUGCAUUAGAUGUUCCUGGAAACAUGAGUCCGGUAGCUGAAUUCAAUUUUUACGCCGAUCCUUAUGCAGUUGAAGAAGUCCUUGUACCAUCGGAUCCUAAUCAGGGUAUCCCAUUAGACAGAUUUAUCCUUUUACCACUGGACAUCACCACUGUUCACGACCUUCCUUUCCCGAGCUACAAAGAAAAAAUAGACCCACAUUUCGAAUCAACCGCCAGUCCAUCGAUAGCCGCCAUGAAAACCCCUAUCUGUCAUUUCACCAGUUCAUUUUUCGAGAAGACCCGCGAAGUCAUGGCGUUUUAUGGGAAGGAUGUUAUGGAGUUGCAUGAUAUCGUAGCGGUGUGGUGUGCCAUCGAAAAUCCACCCGUUGAAAUAGAAGAUGACGGCGGUUUGCCGAAAAUGAGCGAUAGAUGGAAAACUAUGCUAAGACAUUUUGAAGUCGAGAAGAUCGGGGAAAGAACCCGCGGAAUGUUGGUUAUAGAUAGGAGAGAUGAACGGGCAGCCUAUGCACCAGAGCUAACCGCGCUCGUAUGCAAAAGGAGCUCGAAAAACAGCAAGUUGAACACGAUAGAUUCGAGUCAACUACUAUUCCUGCACAAAUAGCAGUUGACGUCGAAGCCCGGCAUUGCAUGCGUGGUUAGGACACCAGGUCCCCGAGUUCUCGUUGACAUGCUGUUCGAAAGGGUAUGGGGAUACCAGCCGAAGAGAAGUACUUAGAUAUAUGGGUCUAGUGGCGUGCUAAUAGAUGAUGAACGCGAACAAAUAUCGAAGCGUGAUAAUAGUACUGACCCUCCAGGAGGUAUGUAAACAUGCAUUCCAUGUGCAUUUCGUAAUGACGUCGCGAUCAAUGAAAUCCUGGUU